UAACUAGUAUGUCUACAAUUGAGAAAGCUAUUUAGUAAUUAAGAAAUCAAUAUGAGUAUACACAUAAUUCAACUGAAAUUCAUUCAAAUGCAUCAUUCUUUGAAGAAGAAAGAAGUGAACAUUAUUAAGAUGAUGACUUAUCUUUGCAAGAAGACUACUCAGAUUAUUUGUAGGUGUCCUCUUUCUAGUUGGAUAGUGUAUGCUAUGCUAUUUAAAUUAUUAGUCCCUUCUGCCACUUCAAAGCUAGGAAAGCAGUAAAAAAUUCUCUACUAAGUUUAAUCCGACUUAAGCUCUCGGGAGAGGCUAAGACUACUUUGCCUAAGAAAUUGUUGAUGAACUUAAUGAAAAUAUUAACAAUAACAAUUCUUAAACUGGCAAGGGCAUUGCCAUUCACGUGCGUGGACAAGGAUCCAUAGGUAUAUCAACCAAAAAAGGGAAAAAAUUAGAAAAAAACAAUAAAAAAAAAAUUCAGAAUCUUAAUAAUCAAAUAAAUAUUAAUAAUAAUGCAUUAGAAUAAUAAUCACAACAAUAGUCUUCAUCAAAUCAAGCUUCCCCCUCAUAAUCAAACGACUAAUAGUAUAAAUAAAUUUGCCAGAGCCAAAAAGUCAUACUUGCAUAUCUGAUGGUAGAAAGUGAUGUAUCAAAAUAAGCUCAAAUAAGAGCUGAAAAUUUCAUUUAAAAAUAUAUGCCAAAAGAGAAUAAUGUAGAAAUUCUCAAAAAUAUUCAAGAAGCUUAUAAAAUAAUGCUUCUGCCAGAUUAAGUCAUACAGUAGCUUGCUCAAGCUCUAAGUUAGGAAGAAAGUAAGUUAUACCUGAAUUUAUCUUUACAUCGGCUCAAUUUACAGAAUAAUAGGCAUCCAUUUGCCGCAAAGGCAGCAGAUAAGAUAACGAAAUAUAUUAAAAUUUGUUGAUGAAAUUAAAGUCAAGUAAAAGGAAAGAACAAUGAGG